AUGGAUCAGGAUCCGGAUCAAGGGCACCAUCGUGCCUCCUCGACAUCGAGAGCGAAUGGCCAUGCCCCCCUAUACCGUCUCAACUCCAACCAGAGCAGCACUAGCAUAUUUGAGGAGGUCGAAAUGGCCCACGAUGAGCUCUUCUCCGGACCAAUGGCCGAGAGUCUCCCGACCAGCGUUUCUGCUUUCUCGCACCGCAGACCACGCGCCGAUUCUACCACGAGCUUUGCUUACUACCAAGACGAAGAUGAUUUGGAGCCCUCCCCCACAUUCGAUGAAGAACGCCGAAGCAUGUCCGACGGCGGUGAUUUUACCUUCGGCGAGGAUGACGAGAGCAAUCUUGAUAUAGAAAAUGGCGAUGCAGGUGAUGAUGACUACAUGGCCCAUCGCCGAAGGUCAUCGACACAUUCGCGGUCUUCCGUUCAUGCUAGGCUGUUGCGCCGAGACAGUGCGACCACAAGCAAGAGCUUGGGUGGAGACGGUCGAAUCAGUCAAAAGGUCUACAUGGUCAACGAGGACCUCACGAUCGUCAUCGCAGGCUUUCGUACUAGUCGCUUGGGCUUUGUCGCUUAUGGUCUCCUCUGCGUUUGUACUCUCGGCCUCUCAUGGCUUUUGCUGAGAUGGUUUCCUCGAUGGCAAGUGAGGUUGCUGGGGCGUCCAUCUCCAUUGGCUGAAUGCGACUGGGUGGUUGUCGAAAACCAAUGGGGUGAGUUCGCUCUCAUGGACGUGGAUAAGAAACUCUACGGGAGACCAAUGUCAACAAUUUUCGGCUCUAGCGAGAAGGGCUAUAUGAUGGACGAUGAUUACGAUCCCAUCAUUACCGAGCUUCGCAUGCUCAACUACCGCUAUGUUCGCCUAUAUUUCAAUCAGCAAACAGACAAGUUCAUCAUGUUCAACGGAUGGGUCGACCCCAAUUGGACCGACCCUCGAGCUGUCAGGGCUGGCAUAGAUAGCGACGAAAAAGGACUCCGGGAGGUUGUAUUCGGUAACAACCUCAUCGACAUCGAGCAGAAGUCCAUACCACGCCUUCUUGUGGACGAGGUGUUCCAUCCCUUCUAUGUCUUUCAGAUAGCCAGCUUGAUUCUUUGGUCACUGGACGAGUACUACUACUACGCUGUCGCCAUAUUCUUGAUGUCAUUUGGUAGUAUCACGACAACUCUCAUCGAGACCCGGGCGACCAUGAAGCGCCUUCGGGAGAUUUCGCGCUUUGAAUGUGACGUCAGAGUGCUUCGGAACGGAUUCUGGCGCUUCGUGCCUUCAAGCGAGCUUGUGCCCGGUGAUGUCUAUGAGGUCAGCGAUCCGAACCUGACCCAGUUUCCCAGUGACGGCUUGUUGUUGAGCGGUGACUGCAUUGUCAAUGAGAGCAUGCUUACCGGCGAGUCUGUCCCUGUGUCGAAAACGCCUGCCACGGAUGAUACUAUGCAUAAGUUGGAUUUGGCUGCGCCGACAGUCUCGCCAGACAUCGCGAAACACUUUUUAUUCUGCGGGACCAAGAUUGUCCGCGCUCGUCGACCACAAGAGGAUCGAGAUGGCGACGCUGUGGCCCUUGCCCUGGUUGUCAGAACAGGAUUCAGUACCACGAAGGGCUCUCUGGUCCGAUCCAUGCUAUUCCCCAAACCAUCAGGCUUCAAGUUCUAUCGGGAUUCCUUCCGGUAUAUAAGCGUUAUGGCUGUGGUGGCUAUGCUCGGCUUUAUUGCAUCGCUUGUCAACUUCCUGCGGUUGCAAUUGGCUUGGCAUCUAAUCAUCGUGCGCGCCCUUGAUUUGAUAACAAUCGUGGUGCCCCCUGCUUUGCCGGCCACUCUUACAAUUGGCACCAAUUUUGCACUUAACAGACUCAAGAAGAAACAGAUAUUCUGUAUCAGUCCGCAGCGAGUCAAUGUGGGGGGGAAGUUGGAUAUCAUGUGUUUCGACAAAACCGGAACCUUGACAGAAGACGGGCUGGACAUUCUCGGUGUGCGUGUGGCAUCGCCUGCGACCGGCAAGUUUACAGACGUGUUAUCGGACCCAUUGACUCUCGUGCCAAGUCGCAACCACCGAAUUAGAGAUGCUGCCCAAGAUUCGAAGCUUAAGGCCGCUCUUUUCACAAUGGCGACCUGUCACUCUCUAAGGGUCGUAGAUGACGAAUUGGUUGGGGAUCCACUUGAUCUGAAGAUGUUCGAAUUUACUCGGUGGUCUUUCGAAGAGGGCAAGCAAAGCCUGAACGAAGCGGACGAUCAGGACCAGGGAAGCCUCGCACCAUCUGUCGCUAGACCGCCUGAGGAGUACUCUGAUACUCUACGAGAUCAAAACGGAAAUAACCACUCGCCACCUCUUGAACUUGGAGUUCUCAGAUCUUUUGAAUUUGUUUCUCAGCUUCGAAGAGCGAGCGUGAUUGUCAGGCAGUUUGGAAAGCCAAGUGGAGACAUCUACGUCAAAGGCGCCCCUGAGUGCAUGCGGGAGAUUUGCCGAGAGGAUAGCUUUCCUGUCGACUACGACGAACAACUUGCAAACUACACGCAUAAGGGAUAUCGUGUCAUCGGGUGUGCAACCCGCCACAUUCCCAAAAUGAGUUGGGUCAAGGCACAGAAAAUGAAGAGACACGAGGCAGAAUCAGACUUGGAGUUUACCGGUUUCAUCAUUUUCGAAAACAAGCUGAAACCGACCACUGCGUCGGUGUUGACGGAACUUUUAGACUCCAACAUCAGCGCAACAAUGGUGACUGGUGACAACAUCCUGACCGCCAUCAGCGUUGCCCGUGAGUGCAACUUGGUCAACAAAACUGCUCACUGCUUCGUCCCGAGAUUCAUUGAGGGGCAUGCUGGCGAUCCCAAGGCAAGGUUGCAAUGGGAGAGCAUCGACAAUAGCGACUUCCACUUAAGUGACCAGACUCUACUUCCCAUGGCCCCACCAGCAGAUGUCGACGCAUCGCUGGCGUACAACAUCAACGACAUUCGCAACUACUCACUGGCUGUCACUGGCGAGGUUUUCCGUUGGAUCGUAGACUUUGCACCUCCAAUAAUUCUUCAAAGGAUGCUCGUUCGCGGCAGAGUUUUUGCGCGCAUGUCGCCUGACGAGAAGCACGAACUGGUUGAGAAACUACAGGGCAUUGGGUACUGCUGUGGGUUUUGCGGCGACGGCGCAAAUGAUUGCGGCGCUCUGAAGGCUGCCGAUGUGGGCAUUUCACUCUCAGAAGCGGAAGCUUCCGUUGCAGCUCCAUUCACAUCUCGUAUCUUUGACAUCGGAUGUGUACCGACGGUCAUCCGUGAAGGGCGUGCUGCGCUCGUAACGAGCUUCAGCUGCUUCAAGUAUAUGAGUCUCUACUCGGCGAUUCAGUUCACAUCGGUCAGCUUUCUCUACGCGAAAGCGUCAAACCUCGGCGAUUUCCAGUUUCUUUUCAUUGAUCUGCUUCUUAUCCUACCAAUCGCUGUCUUCAUGAGCUGGGCUGGGCCCUUUCCCACUUUGUCACAGAAACGACCGACGGCGGAUCUUGUAUCCCGCAAGGUUCUCAUACCCUUAUUGGGACAAAUGGCCAUUUGCAUCGCCGUGCAAGCCAUGGUCUAUGUAGCCGUGCGAGAGCAACCGUGGUACAUCCCACCACGCAUCAACCAUGAGAAGUCAAACAUCAAAAACUCGGAAAACACCGUAUUAUUUCUCGUGUCAUGCUUCGAAUACAUCUUAGCUGGCGUGGUCCUCAAUGCAGGGCCUCCCUUCAGAGAGAGCGCAUUGAAGAAUUGGCCCUUCUUGGCGACUGUUGGGGUGACUCUCCUGAUCACUCUUUACAUGAUUCUUUUUCCGGCGCAUUCGGUCAAGCGUUUGAUGCAACUGACGAAUACCAACUUGGACUUCGAGCUUUUCAUGAUCUUGCUUGGUGCCGUUUACUUGGCUGCAGCUUUGAUCUCGGAAAAGUACGUUUUCCAAAAAUUGGCUAGGGCUGCUGGGGUUUUCAAGGAACAUGUACUGAAGGCGCCGAAGCAGAGGAAACAGUACAAGAUUAUCUUGGAGAACAUGGAGGUGUAG